UAAUAAUUGAUUAACAUUGUAUCCCAUUUUCGCUCGAAUGUAAUCCAAAUCAUUUUUGCACGUGACUGCAUUUAGGGUACUUUAUAGUUCUUGUGGUAGGAGAUGACCGGUGGUUUUGGGGAAACGGCAAGCCGGCCAACCCAAAGCUCAUCGUUCUCAAACAAUAAUGGUUCCAACAACAAUGGUGAUUAUGUAAACUUUGAAUGCAGUAUAUGCUUGGAUUUAGCUUAUGAUCCGGUUGUUACAUUAUGUGGUCAUCUCUUUUGUUGGCCUUGUAUUUACAAAUGGCUACAUAUGCAUUCACAUUCCAACGAAUGCCCGAUUUGUAAAGCCUAUAUAGAAGAAGGGAAAUUGGUCCCUUUAUAUGGUAGAGGAAAAAGUUCAUCAAAAAUUCAUUGUGGAAAUAUUCCAAAACGUCCGGCGGGCCAAAGACCGGAAAAUAGUCCAACGCAAGAUAGGACCGGAUUUGUACAACAUGGGUCGGGAUUUAUUGGUGGUUUUGGGCCUGCAAUUACUGCAAGUUUUGGUAACUUUACGUUUUCAUUUGGUGGUUUCAUACCGUCGAUUUUUAAUGUUCAAAUGCAUACGUUGAAUUAUGGAGGUUAUCACGCACUACAGAGAGAUCAUCGUCAUGAAGUUUCGCCACUUUUGAUAAUUGGUCUCAUUUUUCUCUUUGCUCUUCUUUGGGAGUGAGGUGAUUAGCUAUCACACGUGGUGUUUCUUUUUGUAUGUUUAGUGUGUAUAUAUUGUAUAUUUAUCAAAUAUCAAUUGUCAAUAGCUCUGGU